CCUUCUCAGUUUUCCGGCAUCGUUCGUUCUGUACGGUUUUCCCGAGCGCGAGACAUUUUCCACACAUAUAAAAAACUCAACACACACAAAAAAACGUUCACAACUUCAAACAAUAUACGAACAAUCGCUGUGAUUGUACUGUUCGUGCACGCGCCGAUACGUCGUUGAGGCUCGCAAGCCACCACCGUCACAUCAGCACAUACACACACACACACAUACACAUACAUAUAUAUACAUAAUAUAUAUUGUUUCCGUGGUCGCCACGCUGACAGCAACUGCAAUGACGACACGGCAGCGAAAUGAACAGCGGCCGGACGACGACGACGACGGCGGCGGCGGCGGUGACGGUGACGAUGACGAUGCGGUUUCGCGGUCGCCGCCGCCGCCACCACCGCCACCGCCGCCGCUGUCACCAGAUCCACCGCCACCGCCGCUGCCACCGCCGUUACUACAACCACCACCGCCGCCACCGCCACCGCCGCCGCGAUCUCCGCCUUCGCCGACUACACCGUCUCCGCCGCCAACCGUACGUCCGGCACUCGAAGAUGUGGCCGGCGGAUCGGCCGCAUCCGCAGCCGUGGCCGCCGCUGCAGCCAAGCUACGGCCGGCCGAAUCGCUGAUGUUGAGCCCGUCGCUGUACUACAAACGGCUAUUGGCCGCAAACGUGGCCGCAACUUUCGGCAAAGCCGUCAAAGCGCACCACCAACAGCAGCAGCAGCACCACCAACAGCUGCACCAGCAACAGCUACAACUGCACCCCCAUCACCACGGCGUCGUCGGCGGUCAUCACCACGUGGCCGCGCUGCACAACGCGCACGGCUUGCACUUGCCGGCGGCGGGUCACCAUCACCAAAACCAACUCAUGGGUCAUCACCAGCAGCAGCAGCAGCAGCAACCGUCCGUCGCGGGAAACAGAUCCGCGGCGGGCGCCGCUUGCACGUCCGGCGACGACGACGAAGAUGACGGUGACGACGACGACGACGACGACGAUGAUGACGACGAUUGUGACGACGAAGACGACGACGCGGACAGCGGAGGACACCAUCACAAGAUCGGCGGCGUGGAGAAGGCGGCUUUCCUGUGGCCGUCACCGGAGCAACAGGCACAGCAGCAGCAGCAACAGCAGCAGCAGCAACAACAACAACAGCAGCAACAACAGCAACACCAACAACAGCAACAGCAACAGCAACAGCAGCAGCAGCAACAACAGCAGCAGCAAAAUAACCUUGCCGUGGCCGGUGGUCAGACGUUGGGCCCCGGAGCCGGUAGCCUAAACAACAACAACAACAACAACAGUAGCAGCAACAACAACAACAAUAACAACAGCAGCAGCCACCUGAACGGCAACAAGUGUGGCGUCGGCGGUAUCGGGUCGGCCGUCCACCCGCAACACCUACAGCAGCAAGGUGGCGCGGCCACCGGGGCGGGCGGCACCGGACUGGUGCACUGGAUGUCCAUGAUGGCCGAGCACAUGAACAACGCCGCGGCCACACAUCACCAUCACCAUCACCCACAUCACCAUCAUCACCCAGCCGAUCCAGCCAACGCCAUGCACUACAUGUGGAAUACGCCGGCCGUAGACGUGCAAUGUGGUGGACAUGGCAAAGAAGUGGACUAUAGUUGGACUAGACAGACAGCCAUGAAACAAGGCUAUGAGGCAAAAAUGAACAACAACGAUCAUAUUCAACAACUUUCAAAAGGUGGUAUGGAGGAUGGUUCUGGCAUGUACCAGCAACACGGGGGUGGUACGCCAAGGUCACAUAGUACAGCAAGUACGGCUAGCAGCAUUUCACCCACUGGUAACUCAGCGACGCCCAUGUUAAUCGUACCACAUCCGAUAAAUGCCGCCAAAAUCACAGACGCACAUCACGUGGUUACGCAUCAAAACGGUGGUGGUCGAAAAUAUACUUGCAAAAUGUGCCCAUCGGGUCGCGGUAGGAAGCGGGGCGUGAACAAAGGUAGAGACGGUCUCGGAUGGUCGAGUGUGGACCACGGAAACCCAGAGCAGAUAUUUGCGUCCAAGUCGGAAUUGCAAUUGCACUCGCAGCUGCACGUCAAAGACGUGAAACCGUACAAAUGCCAUCAGUGCAACAAAACAUUCGCCAACAGCUCGUACCUGAGCCAGCACACGCGCAUCCAUCUGGGCAUCAAACCGUACCGGUGCGACAUCUGCCAGCGGAGGUUCACGCAGCUCAGCCACCUGCAGCAGCACAUACGCACGCACACCGGCGACAAGCCCUACAAGUGCAGGCAUCCAGGCUGCACCAAGGCGUUCUCGCAGCUCAGCAACCUGCAGUCGCACUCCCGGUGCCACCAGACGGACAAACCGUUCAAGUGCAACUCGUGCUACAAGUGCUUCCAGGACGAGCAGUCGCUGCUCGAGCACAUACCCAAGCACAAGGAGUCCAAACACCUCAAGACGCACAUAUGCCAGUACUGCGGCAAGUCGUACACGCAGGAGACGUACCUGUCCAAGCACAUGCAGAAGCACGCCGAGCGGAUGGACAAGCGGCCGCCGAUCAUCGGCAUACCGCGCGUGGCCCUGGAGAACGGCGCGUACUGGGGCAAGAUGUCACCGGACACGGCCAACAACCUGGUGGAGGCCAUCAACCAGCAACAGCAACAGCAGGAGUGCAUGCAGGGAGGAGGCGGCGGCGGCGGUUCCAACGGCGGUGGCGGCGUCGCGACCGCCGGCGACUUGAACGCCGGUGGACCGUCCAGCACCGCGGCGUCCGUGGCCGCCGACGACCAGCCGUCCAACAGGCACGGCACCCACCUACCCACAGCACCUUCCGAGUACCUGUCGGACGCGUCGUCCGUGCCCAAGACCAGCACGUCCGCGUUCACGCCCAUCCAGUCGUUCGGACUGCCGACGCACCCACCGCCGCCGCCACCGUCGCACCACCCGCACCACCCGCACCACCAGCAGCACCACCAGCAGACCAUGUACAUGCCGUACAACCACUUGUCGUUCCCGGGCGCCAAGCAGCUGGGCGCGCACGGCCACCAACUGUCGCCGAUGGCCGGGCCCAUGGACAUGAAGCCGCCGUCCGUCGGGUCCGUGCCCAACGGGUUCCCCAACCAGCUGAUCUCGCUGCAUCACAUACGCAACUACUCGCACCAGCCGAGUCCUUCGUCCAUCAUGUCCGAACACCUGUUGCACGGCAUGAAGGACAAAGUGCAGUAGUAGUGGGUGACGAGCGACGGGGCACACACAGCGGCGUCGUACGACUGCGUUUUUUAUUACGUUAUUAUAACGUGGCACGCCACCGCGACUCGCGGCUCCGUACCGCGUGUCGUAAUAAUAUCUGUAUUUAUGUAUAGUGUAAUAUUAUGCAUAAUGUCAUAAUAAUAUUAUCGUAUGUGUAUUGGUACGCGGAAAACCGUAUUUAAUAAUAAUAUUUAUGAAACGCCCGCGCACGGUAUUCCUCAUCGUAUUAUUUAUUAAUACCGUCGUCGUCGUCGUCGUCGUCGUGUCGUCUGUGUCGCGUGUGGUUAUGUUAGAUAUAUAUAUUAUAUAUUAUAUAUUAUAUAUAUAUACCAGGUUAGGUAUAUACCGGCUUUGGUUAUCAUAUAUCUAUAUAUAUUAUAUUUACCUACCUUGCAACGCGAGCCAACUGUGAUGACGCACACAGCAGCGAAUAUUGUCGACGACCACUAUAAUUUUCUCGCCAAUUUACGCCGUUUAAAAUCAUUAUUAUUAUUAUUUUUUGUAUUAUUAUAAUUAUUAUUAUUAUUAUUAUUAUUAUUAUUAUUAUUAUUAUCAUUAUUAUAAAUGUGUUUUUAUAUGUUUUUUGUCCAAUGUCAACGUGUAUGUGUCUCAUCGUCGUCUCGAUCCAAUCCUUUGAUUAUUAUUUUUUUUUUUCAUUUAUAUACCUCCCUAAUAUUUUAGUAUAUUAUAUUAAAUUAAGUUUUGGUGUUAAGUUGUGGACCGAGUGUAUACGUGCGGUUUUAUUGCCCGUAACCGUGUAACGCAUGUAAAUAUUUUUGAGCGAGUGGCGAGAUGAAGAAAACAGCUAUCGUUAAUUUGUAUUUUAUUAUUUUUUAUCUUCAACGUCUUCUUCUCGUCAAAGUGAAUUGUCUAUACCCAAGACUGAUGUGUACAUUAUUAAUAAUUAUUAUUGUAAAAUAAAUAAAUAACUAUCGGAAUUCGGGCAGUAAUAAUAUACUAUCGAAAAACAUAAAAUAAUAACGCAGUUUUAAAUGUUAGAGGUAUUAAAAAUUUUUCUCUUAAUUUUCAUUACUAUUAUUUUUUUUUUUUUAUGGAGAGCGUUAGGGACACAGAGGUCAGUCGCAUGGAUCUCAGUAAAUUGUAGACGACGUAUAUUGUUUUUUGAAAACCUUACUGAAACAGUGUUUUACAUUUCUUUUGUGAUUGUUACCAUUUGUAAUAGUAUAGUCAACGAGUCACGAAGGUAAUUAACAAAUUCCUAACCUAAAACUUAAUUUUAUAGGAUACGUAAAUUUUAUUUUGAAUAAGUUUUUAAUUUUUUUUUUUUUUUGUAACUAAUUAAUUUAAAAACGUUAAUUUUUUAAUUAUUAUUAUAUAAUUUUUAUUUCGUUUAAUGCUCAAUUUGUAUUAAAUUUCGUUGUUCCGCUUUUAAACAAAUUAUGUAAUUUUUUUUUAUCGUUGUGAUGGUUCGGUACUUAAGGCUAACAAAUAUUUUUUUUGUUUUUGUUGAACUAUUUUAAUUUACGAAUUGUACAAAAAAGAACAUGGAAAAAAGUAAAAAAAAAUAAGUAAAAAUAAGCCUGUACAUUAUUAGUUAAAAUGUUAUAAUAUAAUAUUAUAACGCGACUAUUAAGUUUGUUGUACAACACAUUUUCCGACGGUCUUAUAUAUUAUAUAUAUAUACAUAACUAAAUAUAAUAUAUAUAUAUAUUAUGUGUAUAAAAUAUAUAUAUACAUAAAUUGUAAGAUAAUUUUUUUUUGAGGUUGAUAAAAAUAUUCCAAUA